UCAGUGUUGACUGUUGGUGAAGGAAAGAGUAUUUCUGAGGACGUCGUUUGAUCAAUUUCCAUGUGCAUGUUGAGUCGUGUUCCCUAAGCUGGGAAUGUGCAUGUACCCCAAUUCAUUUCCUUUUUCUGAGCCAUUUCACAUCUUGAAGAAGUCGAUGAAAUUUGUACAAUUCUCCCUGAUACUAUGUCAGCUGCUCGUGUUGGUUGUAUUUGACUCCAUUCCUGCCGGUCAUGGACUUGAUUUGUCGAGAUUUGCGAAAGAUGAGGGUCCUCCAGCAUCAACGGCAUCAGACUUUGUUUGCCAGCCAUGUAGACAGGGCCUUAUGAACCUGGCAGAUGUCAUCUUCAUUCCUAGUGAGAAGUCCAUCCAUACGUUCAACCACACAGUAAGAGGUGCCCGCCAGCCGAUCACGUUACAGCACUUUGUCAAUCCGCAAGACUUGUCGUUUGACCUGGUCACGGUGUCAUCCGCCCAUGUUGUCGGCCAUGGACACUUCUAUGCCGAGCACUCGUGGUGGCCUGGAUAUUCCUGGCAGGUUGCCGUGUGCCCAAAGUGCCGACAACAUGUAGGAUGGGUAUUUCAGGCCAUCACGCCAGAGGAAGGCACCGCAGAUCGCUUUUACGGCCUGAUCUUCUCUCACCUGUCACACAAUGCCACCGGAGACACUUCACUGUACAUGACGCGCCGCAACGUGCUGUAGCCAGACGGACGGAAUGUCAGUAAGCAUGCACGCACGCAGGCUAAACUGGCGACUUCGUCCGCAGUACUUUCCUGGACGCUACGUGUGACGCUGUGUAGGGUGUGGUUUGUUGUAUGUGUUUUAUAUGGUUCACUGCAGGCCAGGAACCCUUGAUGAUCUGUGCUGUUUCUCUUUUUUUCUCCACAAGUAUAGUAUGUAGUAUUUCUGAACGAAAUAUAGUAUGACGACCAAAAUUCCUUAUUUCCAUAGUUCAUAGCUUAGAAUAGAGAGAGCAUGGCUGGCUUACAGCGAAGGACCCUGGUUUGGUACCUGGUUGUGACAGUUGUUGUUUUCUUUGGGGUUUUCCCUCUUCAACUCCUCCAAACUGAUGAGUACUUGUAGUAGUCCGAAUUCAUUAUCUUUUCUGCAUCAUACAUUUUUACCAGAACAACGCAAUGCUAUAGAAGCACAUAAAACAAUGCUAGGCGCACUAGCAACUAAAUGUUACUUCUUACUUUUGUAACUGCCUCACAUUCGCUGAUAACUGCUGUAACCCAAAAUUGCUAUUGAGCUAUAACUUAAAGUCUUUCAAUGGCCUUCAAAUUACUGUACGGCGUAUAUCACCAAUUGGCCAAGAGUACAUCAACCUUUUUUUCUUUUUCUUUUUUAAUGUGUCCUCUUGAUAUUACUGAUAAUUUACCCUUCCGCCAUGCUGUA